AUGUCUAUAGGCUUAAUAGAAAGAUUUAUUAAUUACUUGUAUUUCGGCAUUUACGACCUCCAGUCAGUACACUUACGACCUCCAGCCAGUACACUUACGACCUCCAGUCAGUACACUUAUUACCUCCAGUCAGUACAUUUUCGACCUCCAGUCAGUACACUUACGACCUCCAGUCAGUACACUUAUUACCUCCAGUCAGUACAUUUUCGACCUCCAGUCAGUACACUUACGACCUCCAGCCAGUACACUUACGACCUCCAGUCAGUACACUUACGACCUCCAGUCAGUACACUUACGACCUCCAGUCAGUACACUUACGACCUCCAGUCAGUACACUUACGACCUCCAGCCAGUACACUUACGACCUCCAGUCAGUACACUUACGACCUCCAGUCAGUACACUUACGACCUCCAGCCAGUACAUUUAAACGACCUCCAGUCAGUACACUUACGACCUCCAGUCAGUACACUUACGACCUCCAGUCAUACACUUACGACCUCCACCAGUACACUUACGACCUCCAGUCAGUACACUUACGACCUCCAGUCAGUACACUUACGACCUCCCAGAAAUACACUUACGACCUCCAGCCAGUACACUUACGACCUCCAGUCAGUACACUUACGACCUCCAGUCAGUACACUUACGACCUCCAGUCAGUACACUUAUUACCUCCAGUCAGUACAUUUUCGACCUCCAGUCAGUACACUUACGACCUCCAGCCAGUACACUUACGACCUCCAGUCAGUACACUUACGACCUCCAGUCAGUACACUUACGACCUCCAGCCAGUACACUUACGACCUCCAGUCAGUACACUUACGACCUCCAGUCAGUACACUUACGACCUCCAGUCAGUACACUUACGACCUCCAGUCAAACAAUGUUCACUGAAGGGCGUAGUCUACGACCACGGGGAGAGUGUCUCACCACGGCAGUGUGUCGAUUGUGAGUGCCACGACGGUAAGAUGCAGUGCCGGCGAGUCGACCCUGAAGCAGCCCGAUCACUUGCCGACGACCCAUUCUGCCCGCACUGCAAUUGCUGGGUUACUGUGCCCAGAGACAUAGACGAGUGCCAGGAGGUGGGUGCACAUCACGGACACUACUGUCAAGCCCACACCCACUGUGUCAACACCGUAGGUUCGUACGUGUGUCAGUGCCACGACGGGUACGUCCGUGAAGACGAACUGACGUGCGUGGAACGUGACGAGUGUGCCCAGGAUGCCAACCAGUGCCACCAGCAUGCCUCGUGUACCAAUACCCCCGGAGGGUAUCGCUGUGAGUGCCUGCCCGGCUUUACAGGGGACGGCUUUAACUGUAAACCGGUGUGUAAUAGCAGCUGUGAGAACGGCGGUGUAUGCGUGGCACCUGGGCAGUGCCAGUGUCGUCGUGGCUUCAGUGGAGAGAGGUGCCAGCUAGACGUGGAUGAGUGUGCCAUGAACCUUCAUCAGUGCCAUGCUAACUCUCGCUGUGUUAACCUCCCUGGCUGGUAUACCUGCCAUUGUCUACCAGGAUACACCUCACUCUCCACUGACAACAACCAUGGUCUACUGUGUCAAGAUGUGGAUGAGUGCAGUGCUGGCACUGCAACAUGCCACGAGAGUGCCACAUGUGUCAACACAGAGGGCUCCUUCCUUUGCAGCUGCGACAAUGGCACUGUCUGCUCCCAUGGGUGUGUUGUACACGGCUUAGAACGUGCGAAUGGCGACGUGUGGAGCCCACCUGGUGUACAGUGUUCACAGUGUACUUGUACAGAGGGUACAGUCACCUGUCACCGCUCCCCCUGUGACUGUUCUGAUGAUAGUCUUGACACAGUGUGCUGCCCACAGUGUGAUGUACGGGCCUCGUGUACACACCAGGUGUACACACACUUGGUGUACACCAGUGGUCAGCGAUGGUUAUAUCAGUGCCAGACUUGUGAAUGUCUUAAAGGUGAAACUGACUGUUGGCCGUUAGAGUGUCCGCCAGUCCACUGUUCGAGUCCCCAGCGUGUGCCCGGAGACUGCUGUGCCCGGUGCCCAGAUGACCCCUGUAAAGCUCUGGAUGCCAACACCAGUUUGGGCUCCACUGGGAAUUCUUCGAGCCCUCAGGGAUGCCAUUAUAUGGGAGCCAUGUAUCCUGCAGGGGCCCAGUGGGCGGCCCUCAACGACGACUGUGUCACCUGCAGGUGCCAGAUGCCGUACUGCUGGCAGGGCGAAGGCCGGGGCGGUGCGUUGCGUGUUCACCGGACGGACAGGUGUGUUGUCGUUACGGCCGCCGCUGUCUGGGUAAUUGGCACAGGAGUGCCCUUCCAGUUGUCACGUCUGGUGCUCCGUGGGUUGGGCACACUCCACUUGUUGGCGCUGGGACUAGUUAUGUGUUUUGUGGCUCCGCUCUUCCGCUGCUUCGCUGCUCUGUGGCGGUUGCUGCUGCAACUGCAGCAGUUGCUGGUCACAACUACGCCACCCUCAGGGAAGUUACCGGCAUGCCCCACACAAACAAGUUGCCCCAGCCCGGAAUUACCCGCACCUCGCCGCCCACCAGACCUCACGCCCACCUGGUGGUGGGUGCCAACCCACCGACGGGUAGCACUUCCCCGCUCCGUGACGUGCCUCAGACAUUUGCCCUGGCGGGCACUCCUAGUGAUAGUGACACUCCAAAGACUGGCGGGGCGCCGCACGCUGGGCACCGCCGUCACUCGCAUCGAAAUGCCAUCUGGUGGAACCGAUCUCGCAGAGCACAAUUAUUCAGGGAGCCCCAAGAUGGGCUCAGGAAACGAGCGCCGUAAGGCGAUUCGAGCACAAGAAACGAGGUGCUUCAGUCUAAACGACAGAACCACUUCACUGACCUGAGGCCGGCCUCGCCCCGCCACUCCACGACUCAUUCCAUGGUAGCAGGUGUCACGUAUAUCCUCGCCUGCUGCUGGUAUUAAGCAGGCUUCGUGAGCAGAGUUGUUCCCACUUAACUGGUUGUUAGGAGGUUGCAAAACUCAUUGAUGCAGAUAUUGACCAGUGAGGCAAAAAUGCUCAUUUUUGUCACCCGGAAAUAGUGCAGCAUCAGCAGGGAGCAAAAAGUUGCAUCUGUAACUUCCUUGCAACUCUUAGCUAGUUGCAUUGCUCCUGUGCAGCAUGGAAUUCACAUUCCACAUUAGCUACUUUUAUGCAACUCUUCCCGGCAAGUUGCAUUGCUCCCUCAUCAUCCUGCUCCUCCGCCACAGCAGCAAUUGCAAGUUGUAGAUCCCAGAGCGAGGUAUCAACCCUAGUCUGCCUGAGCUGUAGCCUUGUCUGCCUCUGCCUGUCAAACGUUAGUCUUCCUUAAGGUCGUGGUCAGUGUAGCGGUGGUAUCAGUCAUGCACCCUAAUACAGUGUUCCUUAGGCGUUAUGGCCUCUCCCUAUUGGCUAAAACUUAGAAUCGGAGCUAGUGUACAGUGGGUGCUCAGGGCUACGGUUGUGUUGUACAUAUCAUGUAUAUAUAUAUACCAAUUAGGCUCAGCCGAUUCUUAUUUUGGUGAUGCUAAAGCGAGAGGUUGCCAUAGCUAAGACUGCCAUCAGUUGACGUAAAGACUGUUUUUUCUCUGUGGUCAUUCCAUUUUCUGCUAGUCAUGUUAGUCUUGUCCUGAUUUCCCUUGGCAUAACGUACUGUCACAUAGUACAGUUUACAUCGUAUGGGAAUAUACAUUCCUCUUGUCGCAUAAAUGAAAAAAAUAUGUUGAGAGAUUCAACAGCAAUGUUAUCCUGCACUCUAGUUGAUUAUAAUAGUCUCUAGUCAUUCCUAAUCAAUAUUCUGUAAUGUCUGCUGAUUAAACUGCCUACACGAUGAGUUGACUCAAUAUGGUUAUCAAGUGUGUACAGGUCAAUCCUUCAUGAACGGAGGGUCAGACACGGGGAAGACAUGGUCUGUGUGUUUCAACUUUGUCCAGACACUGUCUUCAGUAGAUGGAAAGGUUUUUGAUUUAGCAGAUAUCUGCUGAGGAAUGUCUCUGAGCAGAUAUCUGCCAAGAGAAUUUCUGAUCAGAUAUCUUCUAAGAGGGGGGUCUCUGAUUGUAUGCACAUUCACCAAGUGAAAGGUUCCUGAUUGGUCACACAGCUCAUUGCUCCCCACAUUUCACCCUCCAUUCAUGUGGGACUAACCUCUCCCAUCACUCAGUGUUUACAGGACUCAAUACACAUCUACAUAUAUACAUAUAUAUAUACAUAGUGUACUUAUCCAUGUACUCGCGUCACACUGAGGCAACAUGCGUCGCUGGUGAUGUACGCGCCAUUGUAUGUACACGUCAGUCGUGGCCCGUAUAAACAACCGUAGGAAUUAAUAAUUUUCAGUUCGAGAACGCAUGCAAGCGCAACGCCAGCCAGUGAAGGCAAUGGUUUUAUAGAUUUUGUGUGCUCAAAAAUCCAUGGAUUUCACACACUCACACACACACAC